AUGAAGGAGACCGACGUCUACAGGCUUGAGAUGCUCGCGAAUCGAAUGCGGAAUCUCGCGAUUUUCGCGUCAGCCGUCGCCACGUUCACAGCGAUCAUUGCCGUCUUCUCAAUGCCUAUGCUGUUGUCGUCAACGAUUCGAGCAGUGACCAACGUCGAUGAUCGACUCGUCAAAUGCGUCGCCGAUUCGUUUCAAAUGUACAAGGCGCUCGACGAUAUCGAGCGCGAGCUUCUCUCGCCGAAGAAUGCGACGGCGCGCGCGAGAGCACGUCGAGGCGCCUCAUACGCACAGUACGCCGGUGACGCUGCCGGUUUGAACUCGCUGGGUGCAGAAAGCGGCUACCAGAGCACCGGCAUUGGUGGUGGACAGACCUAUAUCUUCCCAGAAGCGCUCGACUACAUCCGCUCGAGAAGGCCGCAGAUUUACACAGCGCAACAAGCUGGCUUUGGCGUCGGCGGUUGUGGCGCCUAUCAGCCACGACCAACAUUCGUUGGACAAACCUCGCCAGUCAUUCGGGAAGGACAAACCGGCUUUAAUGGCAGAACAGCUUGUGUUCCUCGUCCAGGACCACCUGGCCCACCGGGAUCGCCUGGAAUUGACGGACAAGACGGUAGCGACGGCCAGCCAGGAGGCAACGGACGUCCGGGACGUGACGGCAUCUCCGACAUCGAUCGUGAGCCUUGUCAAGUGUGCCCACCGGCGCCUGCUGGAUUCCCAGGUCCACGCGGUGCCAAGGGACUUCCGGGACCACCAGGAAAACCAGGAGCCGACGGAGAUACGGUUGAUGGCGAGCCUGGACUUCCAGGACUCGCCGGACCACCAGGGCCUCCAGGACCACGUGGACCACCAGGACCACCUGGAACACCCGGAGAACUUAAACACGAGGAAAUCGAGGGACCAGCUGGAAACCCAGGACCACGAGGAAUUCCAGGAGCUCCAGGACUCCGAGGUGAAGACGGUAAACCGGGAGCGCAGGGACCUCGUGGACCGCCAGGUGAGCCUGGAAACAUUGGAAUGCCAGGCCGAUCUGGACUACGCGGCCGCAAUGGACCCGCCGGACCACCCGGACCUUCAUCCCCCUGUGAUCAUUGUCCUGUACCUGUUCUCGAACCUGGAUACAAAGUAGACGUGAAAAAAACACACAAGCGAAACAUCCCAUAA